AUGAGCAUCGUCCCCGCCAAAGUUUGCCAGACACUUGGACUUGACGCUGAAUUCGUCGGCGCGAGGAUUCGGCUGCAGUUCCGCGGGCCCGUACGCUGGCAGGGAGAUUUCGAAGCCAGAAACACCGUCUCUGUCCCGUCCACUAACGCCCUGCAGGUUCGUCUGAAGGGCGGUCAGCAGCGCCGAAGUCUCGAUGCCGUGAUUGGAAAGGCGUAUGUAGUCGUCCCAUGCCGAGGUGAGAGGCUGCACCGGGACAAUGUGAGGCCGCACCUCGCCGUCGGCUCUGGUCCUGGACCUUUUGGUCGACGCGGUCUUUUUUGGAUGGGACGCGACACGGCCUUUGGUCUCUGGCGUGCCGGUGAUGAAGACGCGCUCGCGCUCAUAGCCUUCGCACUGCCUGCCGCUGUUGACGCAGUUGCUGCAGUAUGGCCUCUCGUUGCUGCACUGUCUCGCAACCUUUGUACUUGCCCGGGACGCCAACCAUACUGCCUCAGUAUACUACAACCGGGUGGACGCAGGUGUCGUACACAUGCAGACGGAAUGUCUGGGGCUGGAAGAGGUGAUUGGCAGCGACGGUUUGCCACCACGCCAUGUCGUACCGGCCCUCUGGGCCCUAUAUACGUUUGCCGACGACAGCUCGCUCCCUCUCCCUCCCGUCCCGCAUCCCCUCAUCUCUCCACGAGGCACGGGAGACGUGUCAUUCGGGCCAUUCUUGACAACCCCACAAGCCAUGGCCUGAGUUUGACGCUCCGCCGACCACCCCUCGCCUUUCGUUCCGUCGCUCUCGGGCAGGCUCGUGCGAAUGAGGGCCAGAGUAUGGCCUCUGGUUCGCGGGUGAGUAGGACUAGAAGCCCUGUCCGGGAUGGGCAGCGUUCGAGAAGGGGAACUUUGACACGGACGAAUGGGGUUCGCAAGACGAGCUCUUGGAGCUCAGCCUCACCGCAGAACUCACAUGGCUCGCACGGAAACAACAGACGGAGACGGGGGUGUCAUGGGCAAGGGACGGUGGACGAUGGCUCCCCGCAGCACACCAGAGGUUGGAGCUGCCAUGCGACCACGAGAGCUGAGGGUCGCGAGGUCGCCGUCGGGAGGCCUUUGACGGACGCCAUUGGCGCAGCGUUUAAUGAGAUGGUUCGUCGCGAGAGCGAACCCACGGCGUCCGACGCCCCUUCGGUUGGGUUUCCGAGGCGGGCCGCCAAGCAAGAGGAGCACACACACGCGUGUACCCAGGCUGUGAUACUCAUCACUAGAGGCCUCCCUCCGUCGCCUCGGAACGAAUGGAAGUACGUAGUAAUACGCAAGGUACGUAUGUAA